GAGCGAUGCCUGCGCGCAGCCGCCACCGCCCCCGCGUCCACUCAGGCUCUCCUCCCCGGGCUCCGCCCCCGCCGCUCGAGGCUCUUCACUCCUGCGAGGCGCAGAGGGCCCUAGACUCCGACGGCGCCUCGGACGCCGACUCGGAGGUGGGUCCGGGGAGCCCGACUCGGACUGCGGAGGCAGUGGAGGAGGAAAUGGCCGGUCCUAAUCAACUCUGCAUUCGCCGCUGGACAACAAAGCAUGUAGCUAUUUGGCUGAAGGAUGAAGGCUUUUUUGAAUAUGUGGACAUUUUAUGCAAUAAGCACCGACUUGAUGGAAUCACAUUGCUAACGUUGACUGAGUAUGAUCUCCGGUCUCCUCCUCUGGAAAUCAAAGUCUUAGGGGACAUUAAAAGGUUAAUGCUUUCAGUCCGAAAAUUGCAGAAAAUACAUAUUGAUGUUUUAGAAGACAUGGGAUACAACAGUGACAGUCCCAUGGGUUCUAUGACCCCUUUCAUCAGUGCUCUUCAGAGUGCAGAGUGGCUCUGUAAUGGGGAGCCUUCACAUGACUGUGAUGGACCCAUCACUGAUUUGAAUUCUGAUCAGUACCAGUAUAUGAACGGUAAAAACAAACACUCUGUUCGAAGAUUGGACCCAGAGUACUGGAAGACCAUAUUGAGUUGUAUAUAUGUUUUUAUAGUAUUUGGGUUUACAUCUUUCAUUAUGGUAAUAGUCCACGAGCGAGUACCUGACAUGCAGACCUAUCCCCCACUCCCAGAUAUAUUCUUAGACAGCGUUCCUAGAAUCCCAUGGGCUUUUGCCAUGACAGAAGUAUGUGGCAUGAUUCUGUGCUAUAUUUGGCUCCUGGUUCUUCUUCUUCACAAGCACAGGUCAAUACUUCUGCGAAGGCUCUGUAGUCUGAUGGGCACUGUAUUCUUGCUUCGCUGCUUUACCAUGUUUGUGACCUCCCUCUCCGUGCCAGGACAGCACCUGCAGUGUACUGGAAAGAUAUAUGGUAGUGUAUGGGAGAAACUACACCGGGCCUUUGCCAUUUGGAGUGGCUUUGGUAUGACCCUAACUGGCGUUCACACCUGUGGAGAUUACAUGUUCAGUGGCCACACAGUCGUCCUAACUAUGCUGAAUUUCUUUGUCACUGAAUAUACACCACGAAGCUGGAAUUUCUUGCACACUUUAUCCUGGGUUCUCAACCUCUUUGGAAUCUUCUUCAUUUUGGCUGCCCAUGAACAUUAUUCCAUUGAUGUAUUUAUUGCCUUUUAUAUCACAACAAGACUCUUUUUGUACUACCAUACUCUAGCCAAUACCAGAGCAUAUCACCAGAGUAGGAGAGCAAGAAUUUGGUUUCCCAUGUUUUCUUUUUUUGAAUGCAAUGUUAAUGGUACAGUACCUAAUGAAUAUUGUUGGCCAUUUUCAAAACCAGAAAUAAUGAAAAGACUAAUUGGAUGAACAGUGUCUUGGUAAUGGGUUCAUGAUUAAAUAUACAGUAGUUGUUGAAAGUGAAUAACUUUGCUUUCUCCCCCUAGGUUGUUUCUGGAUGUCUUGCUUUUUGGCUUAUGUGUUGACAAAGUAAUGUUCCCCGUUCUGAGCAAGGUUGUGAUUAUAGAAAGCAAGAAAGAACAAUCAAGAGUCCUUACAUAUUUGUUUGAACUGAAAGCUUAGGUAAAUGUUUUCUGCCCCUUCUCUUUAGGCAGACUUAAUGUUGUGAUUGAAGUCAGGCCGUUACCCUUAACCUGUUGAGUAUUUGCUUAUUGAACUUAAGCAAAUCAACUUAAACAAUUUGAUGGUUGAUAGAUUUUUUUUUUUUGAUUUCUAGUAGGACUAGAGUCAAUAAAUAAUAUUUUUUGAAGCUCCUUAUUAUCUUCAAAGGAAAAAGCCCCACCAAGUGAGCAGUACUUAUUCUUUGAACUAAUCUCUGUGUCUUUUUGAAAAAGGCAACUCUGGAUAUUGAUCUAUUUUACUUACAAAUAAUUUUUGCCUUCUGAACCAUCUUUAAGAAAAGUAUACUGAACAUACUAGACUGCCUGAAACAAGAAGAAAAUAAAAGGGGCCAUACAUGAGGUGACAAAGUACAAAUAUAUUGCUGGAAUUUUUCACCAAAGAUGCAACAAAAGAUGCAUUUUGUUCUGAGGGUUCAGUAUGACCAUCAGUAAGUAUUCUUGAGGGAAAAAUGGCUGCAUCCGUAAAAAUAAAAUUGGCUUAAUUUUAGUGAUGUAGGUACCUGGAAUAACUUUGUGCUAUAGCUGUUAGUUAGACAGAUGACAGCCCAAUUUUAUGCUUUUCAAUGACGUUAUUUAAUGAGCAAAAUAGUGGAGUGUUUUACCAGAUGUUAUAUAAAGUUCUUAUGUCUUUAAGUUGGGAGAUAUGCAUGCAAAGAAUAUUUUUUCUCUUUCUGAAAAGAAAUUUAUAACAGGUUGCAGGCAUAAUAUAACUUUUUGGUUUUUGAAAUUUCUCAUUCUUGGCCAUCAGAAGUAAGCAGUCUCAGACAUAUUUGGAUAUGAAAAGGUUUUGUUGUUUUUUAUUUUUAAAUACAAUGUGUACAUACAUUCUUUCUAUUUGGUCUUAAUUUGGCAGUCAGGAAGUGAUAUAACUUAAUUACUAUUUACAACACUAGAAAUUUAAUACCUUAAGUAAUUUGACCUCUGUGAUAACAUUUGUCACUUUACUUUUAAUGAUUUUGUAUAGUAGUUAUGACAGUAGGAUGGUUAUGGAAUUGAAAUUUGAAUCCCAACUGUUGAGCUUUGUCACUUAGAAUAUUAAUUGUAGUUUUUACAUUCCAUUUUAAAACGGAAUUAGAAAAGGUGCUGGCAUAUCGAGAUCUAAAAUUAAGGCACUUAGCAGAAGUCUGCCCCUCAUAUGGGUGAAAUAUUUUAUUUUUGCACUUUGAGUCAUAUUCCCACCCCUGUAUAAGCUACAGAGGAGCCUGAAUGGAUUGGGCAGGAAAGGAAUAUUAUGCAAAUGAGUUUCAGUCAGUGCUGAAUGACCUCAAUUCAGGUCUGCUCUGAACAUUAUUUUUUAUUUCUCACUUGAGAAAUGGCACAAGGCAAUUCAAGUUUUAUUAUGCUUUUAAAUCUCAUACUUCAGAUCUUACAGUAUCUUAAAUUGUUGAUUCUGUUACAUGCUAGGGACAAAAUGCCAACAUUUCAUCUAAGGAAAUUGCAUAUUCAUGAAGGGUGAAGGAUGUUUCCUAUGCCAGUUAGAGUAGUUUGACCCUUGAGGUCAAAAGAUGUGUUACUGCCAUUUUUCCAAAUGACAGAACAGGACCACAGUUAGCUAGGAAGGGACUGAUGUUGGCUUUUGGGACAAUGUUUGAAAAAAGUCUGUGGCAACAUGAAUUCAAGAAUGUUAAAUAGCAACUUAAUGGCAGAUUUCCUAAUGUCAGUCUUCUUUCCUUCAUAUGGAUUCUAUUCUAGAACAAAAUAGAAAAAAAAAAUUGCAACUAACUUUACAGAGCUAUUGACAUUGAGAGUACCUAACAGCAGACUGCAAUCAGGGUUGUAAAAUAACUUUUCAGCCUUGCAUUUAUCGUAUCUGUUUUGAGGAAAAGGUAAGCUAGAUUUAUAAUUUAUUGUUAAAACUAUUACAAAGUAAUGUUUACAUAAAUUAAUCAUCUCCAAGUCUCUUUCUUGGAAAAACUCUGAAACAAAAUUCUUUUCUGUGUUUUUUUAAAUACGAAACCUAUAUUUUAGUCACUUUUUGUUUUGUCCAGAAAUUUCCAGAUUUGUCUUUCUAUUUUUUUUUCUUGUUAAAAUCUAAACCAUAGAGAAGGUAGUAUUUACAUUUACAUUUUGGGUGUGAAUGUGGCUAGGUAGAGAAGCUACAUGCCUUAUAGCUACAUAUUUUUUGACUUUGUAUUAGGUUCUACAGUUGCAGACUUGUGAGAGGCUUACAUCAUUAAACAUUAACACCUCAAAAGGAACCAAGAAGGUUUUGGUUUGAGGAUGCAAACUGGAAGUUAUAUUGCAAGUCCUCUAUGCAUUUUCUCUGUUCCUGGGGGCAGCAUUGCCUUUUUUUUUGGUUUUUCUCUCUCUUUUUUUUUUAAGUCCAUGCAAGGCAGUGUUACUGAAGGGUAAUUGAAGUUCAUAGGGAGUGGGAGGUUUUGAAGAAGGCAAGUUUGCUGUUAUCACCAAAUAAUUUGGGAUAAUUUUUGGCUAUGCUGCAGAUUUUUCAACAUGGCUAUCAUCUCCGUAGUUCUCUGUGGCCAGAAUUGCUAGGGUAAAAAUACAUCUUCCAUAUGCUGGGUCUGUUUAUUAGUAUCCUUUUAAAUCAGUAAGCAGUGAGCUUAGCCUUAGAACCAGUCAGUUAAAUAAGUGUGCACUGUUCACAAGAAAAAACCCAUUGUCUGAGAGGCCUGCUGGUAGUGUAACUCUGACACUGACACUGCAAGUGGCAUUCUUGCCUAUCCUGUACCUGCUGUUGCUUAGAAUUCCAAGAAUCUUCACAUUUGUAAAUGGAGAACAGAGAAGCCAAAUCCUUUUAUAGCUGAUAUGAAACAGUCUAUUUUAGGUACAUCUCUUUGGAAAGUGCUAUUUAUAUAUUCAAAGUCAUAUUCAUAACACUAACGUGCUUUGACUGCAUUCAGCAAAAGGCAAUUUCAUAUUAGUUUCAUGGUAAAUUUUUUUCAAGGAUUCUAGUUCCAAAAUGCUUGAGAACAUUGACCAUAUUCUUGUUUUAAACUCUCUGAUCUAAUAAAUUUAAUUCUUUGAUAGUCUUUUUGUAGAUUUAAGUUAUCCCUUAAUAAAAGUAACUAUAGUAAUAGUCAUUUGUCAGUUCUUUAAGGUAUUCAGGCAUUUGAGACAAGAAAGCUCUCUUUUAGAAUAGUCCAAUAGCUCUCUUCAAGAGUAUUGGUUUCAUUUAGAUAGUUUCAAAGCCAACAAAGCAUGUUAGUUUUAAGGCCAACUGUAUUUGGCAGUUAAGACAGUUUGCAUUUGUAAAAAAUUUAGCCUGAAUUACCCCUAUAUCUCUGUAGAGGAGAAUUGUUAGUAUCAUCAAAAAUCAGACUGCUUCAGGUGACCAGUGAGAAAGGAAAGAGGUUGAAGUUUUUUUUCCCUGUCUUUGAGUGGCUUUGAAUGACUGAAAUUACUAUGGAAGUAGGUUUUGGUCCCCCUCUCACCGACCCCUCACCCGCAGUGAAUUCCACCAAUAUCAGGUAACUAAAAUGUGGCCUAUUACUUUCCAUCAAGUUCAAUAAAAAUAUCUAUGAAAUCUAUAAAGUCAUAAUUCAGCUACCAAUAAAGUUGGUUUUUAGAGUAUGUUCUACCCUAAAUUAACCAAAGGACUUUUUAUUCAGUGUACUCCAUGUUUAAGCAUAAGGAAGCUUUGUGCCUAAUAUGGAGGGAGAAAGAAUAAUAUGUUAAUUUCAUUGUUAUUUCAGGUCUGUUUCAAUCUGAACUACUGGGUUGUCUGAAGGUAGCCAAGCAGUGUUAUCAGUAAUGUCAUCUUAAAAAUGCUUAAUUUUAAUAAUUUUUUAUUCAGAGAUUGUUAGAUUGUCAGGACAAUUGAAGUAUUUCUGAUAUAGAACAAAGAAAGUGGAAACUGGUACUUACUGGGGCAAGCAAAAUUAGCAUGGACUAACAUGGGCAUGUUUUGUUUAAGAAUUCUACCUAAAUGUCACCUUAUCCACACCAAAACUAGUAUUACUUGAAGAUGCAAAAGUUCCUGUGGUAGCCAUACCUUGAAGCACAGUAUUGUAUAUAAGUAAAUAUCUUGAUUCUAAAUUAAAUCCAGAUUUAACUAAUAUAUAUUAUUUUAUAUCUUUGUUGUAUUAAAAUGUUUAAAAACACUAAAAAUAAAACAUUUGAAAGUUGGA